ACUCUUGAGAAAAUGUCCGGAAGAGGAAAAGGCGGGAAGGGGCUCGGGAAAGGAGGCGCCAAGCGUCACCGUAAGGUUCUCCGUGACAACAUCCAGGGCAUCACCAAGCCCGCCAUCCGCCGCCUGGCUCGCCGCGGCGGCGUGAAGCGGAUCUCCGGUCUGAUCUACGAGGAGACCCGCGGCGUGCUCAAGGUCUUCCUGGAGAACGUGAUCCGUGACGCAGUGACGUACACCGAGCACGCCAAGAGGAAGACGGUGACCGCCAUGGACGUGGUGUACGCGCUGAAGAGGCAGGGCCGCACCCUGUACGGCUUCGGAGGAUAAAUGACGACCACGUGACUUAACUACAACCCAACGGCUCUUUUAAGAGCCACUCACUUCUUCUUAAAGAGCUGUUGUCUUUAAUAUUCAAUGAAACUAUU